UGACGCAUAGCUGAAAAUCACGUGCUACGUGGCAGCGAAUCAGACGCCGUCAUGGUUUCAGUAGUUUGUCUGAUUUCACGUUACUUAGGACGGUGUUUCUAAACUAAACAUCCAACGCAGAGACUACAGGCAGAAUAUUUCAAGAUGUCAGUCUAUCCUCAGUCGCCACCUGCAUAUGGUAAGGACGGAUACGACAACUAUGGUGGUCAGCAGUAUGGACAGCCUGGGGGCCCGCAGUAUGGACAGCCUGGGGGGCCGCAGUAUGGACAGCCUGGGGGCCCGCAGUAUGCACAGCCUGGGGGCCCGCAGUACGGACAGCCAUAUGUGCAGCCGCCUGCACAGUUCAACUCCAACACGACUGUUGUGACGACACAGCCGAAUGUACUGAUUGUCCCGCCGUCGGCACCUCCGCCAAAUAACCACAUGGCACUGGCCAUUGUCAGCUGUCUGUUAUGUGUUUGGCCCCUAGGCCUUGUGGCCAUCAUCUGUUCCAGCCAGUCGGCUGACUCAGCUAGAGCCGGCAACAACGAAGAUGCUGCCACAAAGGGGAAAAUAUCACUGGGGUUUUCUAUCACCAGUAUCGUCCUGGGAUCACUUACCUACAUCAUUCUUCUGGUAGUAUACGUCACCGUGGGCUUCGGAUACAGCUACUACUACGGUUGAGAGACGUCAGAUGCCUCUUCGACACAGAAUAUGGGUUGGUUCACGUAGACGUGAAUCACUUAAACGAUUAAGAUUAACCAUUAAAACAGUUGUCACACUUUUAAAAUUCCUCAGUGUACGCUUAUUUCUGAAUGUGAUGUAAGUAUUUUGUUUUCUUGAAAAAUUAUUUCAUCAAUAAAGCCGUUUUCUAUUUUGCUAUAA